AUUUGUCUUAUCCAAGAUUAAAUUACAAAUCGAAAUAAGUAAUUAAAAGAAAGAGAAUUAAAAGAACCGCUAUAGUAAUAUUUCAAUCCAUAAUAUUACUUGAGACGUAAAUUUUAAAAAGGCUCGAGAAGUUGGGCGAGAGUUCGUUUUGCAUAUCAGCCGGUUUGCAAAAACACUUCACUUUUCUUAUUAUUGUGGGUGUUAUAGACGCUUGUACAGCGUGUCUAAGAUGGCCAAUACAAAGAUUGCAUUCUCUGCUUCUUUGACAACUAGCGACCCAAAUGUCCGUCCAGUUGUGAUUAUCGGCCAAGUGAAACACUUACUCAAGGUACCCUUUGAGAAAGUGAAGUGUAAACUCCAACCAAGAGUUACAGAAGAGGUUUAUAAUGCUGCUGCUUUGAACCUCCAACCAUCUCCCACAGAUACUUGCUCAUUAUGGUUGUCAAAUGCAACUCUCGCUGCUCUUCCUACCAAGGCUAGCAGGCAUAACACACCAUCUAGAGGGCACUCUAUCUCUCGCAUUGUUAAAUCUUGUGCUAGUGGAGGGGAUGAAUUCUUCCUGAUUGUUUGUGAGAGAGCCAAUGCCUUUGCCUCUGCUUGUGCUGUAGCCAGGGCGUUUCCAUUAUACAGCCGUAAAUCAGGCGUAGGCCUCACAAAGCGUACAGUAACUGUAGAGUUCAUCUUCGUUGGUGAGAACAGUGAAGACCCAUUAUCAGACAAAGAUUUGCAAUGCAUGACUGAUACAGCUUAUGCUAUUCGUUUAGCAGCUAAAAUUGUUGAUAUACCAUGUUCUGAAAUGCACACAGAUGCUUUCAUACAGGAAAUCACCACUGUAGGCAAAGAAUUGGGAAUUUCUCCUAAAAUCGUACAAGGGGAAGACCUUGACAAGCAAGGAUUUGGAGGACUGUAUGGGGUCGGAAAGUGUGCCGUCCACAAGCCAGCACUUGCUGUCCUUAGCCAUACACCAGAGGGCGCUAGUAGGACUAUAGCAUGGGUCGGAAAAGGCAUCGUCUAUGACACAGGCGGUCUCUCCAUCAAAGGCAAAACUGCCAUGCCUGGGAUGAAGAGGGACUGUGGUGGAGCAGCAGCAAUACUAGGAGCUUUCUACUCAGCAGUUAAACAGGGUUUUACAGACAAUCUCCA